GACAGAUUGGCGACCCUGACGAUGAUAAUGCUCGAUGCUCGAUGCAUUGAUGAUUCGUUGUACUUUCGGUUUUAGUGAGAUCUCACGAUAAAAAGAGAGAUUUAGAAUUGAAAUUUAUCAAGUGCGAUUGAUAAACCUGAGGGACUCCUGAAAAAAAGUCCAUUCGGCGACAUCGUCAUGGCCGAUAGUGAGCAAAAGGCAUUGCAACUGGUAGCAGAGGCCGAGAGAAAGUUAUCGUCGUCGAAGAGCUUCUUUGGCGCACUGUUCGGAAGCUCAUCAAAAAUUGAAGAGGCAGUAGAAUGUUAUCAACGUGCAGCAAAUCUGUUCAAGAUGGCAAAAAAAUGGAAUUCGGCGGGAAAGGCAUUUUACGAUGCGGCAGAUUUACAUGCAAAAGCGGGUGGUCGGCAUGACGCAGCCAAUAAUUAUGUAGAUGCUGCCAAUUGCUUCAAAAAAUCUGAUACAAAUGAGGCAAUCAGCUGUUUGUUAAAAGCCAUUGAGAUUUAUACUGACAUGGGCCGUUUCACAAUGGCAGCAAAACAUCAUCAAAGUAUAGCUGAGAUCUACGAAAGCGACGCAGUUGAUUUGGAGCGUGCGGUACAUCAUUAUGAGCAAGCUGCAGAUUAUUUCCGUGGUGAAGAAAGUAAUUCCUCGGCAAAUAAGUGUCUUCUUAAAGUUGCACAAUAUGCUGCUCAACUUGAAAAUUAUGAUAAAGCCAUUCAGAUCUAUGAGCAGGUUGCUUCUGCAUCAUUAGAAAGUUCUUUACUCAAAUACAGUGCUAAGGAAUAUUUUUUUCGUGCUGCAUUGUGCCAUUUGUGUGUCGACUCAUUAAAUGCUCAACAUGCAAUUGAGCGUUAUCAAGAACAGUACCCAGCUUUUCAAGAUUCUAGAGAAUAUAAAUUAAUAAAGACACUGAUAGAACAUUUGGAAGAUCAAAACCUUGAAGGUUAUACAGAAGCUGUUAAGGAAUAUGAUUCAAUUUCAAGAUUGGAUCAAUGGUAUACAACAGUAUUAUUACGUAUCAAAAAGCAAAUUCACGAUAACCCGGAUCUACGCUGAUCAGUUGUUUCUUAUCUUUGUUACUUUCUGGCAACAAUAUUAUUUCAGCUCCAUAUAGAUUUGUUUUUGAGUCGCGUCCUGCUUUCGAUAGAAACUAUAUAGUAUUUCAUAUAUAUAGUUUUUAUAUAAUGGCUCACACAAUUAUAUCACCUUUUCGUAGGCUAUAAUCGUUCUCGACAAUUCUCAUUAUUUAUGUAAACAUUUUUUUAAAUCUUUACAUAUCCACGAAAUCGUGGAAGAUUACAGUCUGCAAGAAUAUAAGAAAUGAUUAUUUUGAACAUCUCAGUCUUUAUGUUUGGAUGUGUGUGCAUGUGUGUAUUCU